AUGACAUCUGAGUGGUGGGGAUGGCUGGGAGGCCAUGGCUCAGCAUGAGCCAUGAGCACGAUCGCUUCAAGCAGAUGGCCUUCUUCUGAGAUGCCCAGCUCAUUUUAACUUGAUUCAUCAUAAGAGAAACAUUGUUACAUUCCAACCAGGAGAGGAGGACAUCAUUCUUUGGAAGGGAUGAGGAUCCUUCUCCAUCUCCCAGCCCUCCUGGCUUUUCUGGUCUCGCUCCAGGCUAAAAGGCCUGCUAAAAAUGCACAGAUCACUAGAAUUUCAACCAUCUCGGCUACUGUGAGUCAGGUCAAGGUCCAAGUCAACAAGGCCUACCUGGAAUCCCGGACCAGGCUGAAGACCGCCAUGAGCUCCCGAGCUCCCACUACCCGACAGCUCUCAGAGUAUCUCAAGCACGCCAAAGGCCGGACACGCACAGCCAUACGUAAUGGGCAGAUGUGGGAGGAAUCCUUCAAGAAGCUGCAGCAGAAGAUUUUCUCGGCCAAUGUCACAGAGCCCAGCCUGGACCUGACAUCGCUGUCCUGGGAGGUAGGCUGUGAUGCCCCGGCUCCAGUAGUGACCUGUGACACCAGCAGCCCUUACCGCACCAUUACGGGAGAAUGUAAUAACAGGAGGGACCCCACGCGGGGAGCCGCCAACCGGGCGCUGGCUCGCUGGCUGCCGGCCGAGUACGAGGACGGGCUCUCCCUCCCCUUCGGGUGGACGCCGGGCAAGACGCGGAACGGCUUCCCGCUCCCGCUGGCCCGAGAUGUAUCCAACGAGAUCGCUGCCUAUCUGAAUGAGAAGGAUGUUCUGGACCCAAACUGGUCCCUGCUCUUCAUGCAGUGGGGCCAAAUUGUGGAUCAUGACUUGGAUUUUGCCCCUGACACUGAGAUGAGCAGUAGCAACUACUCUAAGGCACAGUGUGAUGAGUACUGUAUCCAGGGAGACAACUGUUUCCCCAUCAUGUUCCCCUCCAGUGACCCCAAGGUGAAGACUCAAGGGAAGUGCAUGCCUUUCUUCCGAGCUGGAUUUGUCUGUCCCACUGCACCCUAUGGGUCCCUGGCUCGAGAACAAAUCAACGCUGUAACCUCCUUCUUGGAUGCCAGCUUUGUUUAUGGUCCCGAACCAAGCCUGGCCAACCGCCUGCGCAACCAUAGCAGCCCUCUGGGCCUCAUGGCUGUCAAUCAAGAGUUCUCAGAUGGGGAGCUGCCCUACCUGCCUUUUGUCACCCAGAGGCCCAGUCCCUGUGAGAUCAUCAACACCAUGGCCCAGGUGCCGUGCUUUCUGGCAGUCUCUCAAAUUAUCACUUUUAGAGACUACCUUCCCAUUGUGCUGGGUGAUGAGAUGCGGAAGUGGAUCCCUCCAUACCAAGGCUACAAUGACUCUGUAGACUCCCGAAUUUCCAAUGUCUUUACCUUUGCUUUCCGCUUUGGGCACUUGGAGGUCCCCUCCACAGUGUCUCGCCUGGAUGAGAAUUAUCAGCCAUGGGGGCCAGAACCAGAACUUCCCCUGCAUACCCUCUUCUUCAACACCUGGAGGAUGGUCAAAGACGGUGGCAUUGACCCGCUGGUUCGAGGUCUACUAGCCAGAAAGGCCAAGUUGGUAAAACAGGAUAAAAUGAUGACAGGAGAAUUGCGCAACAAGCUCUUCCAGCCAACUCAUACCAUCCAUGGCUUCGACCUGGCUUCCAUCAAUAUACAACGUUGCCGGGACCAUGGACAGCCUGGGUACAAUUCCUGGAGAAAGUUCUGUGACCUCUCUCAGCCACGGACACUGGAGGAACUGAGCGCAGUGCUGGGGAAUGAGAUGCUGGCCGAGAAGCUCCUGAGUCUCUAUGGGACCCCUGACAACAUCGACAUCUGGAUCGGGGCUAUUGCUGAGCCCCUGGUAGAACGAGGCCGGGUAGGGCAUCUCCUGGCCUGCCUCCUGGGCCAACAGUUCCAGCGAAUUCGAGACGGAGACAGGUUCUGGUGGGAAAACCCAGGGGUCUUCACAGAGAAGCAGCGAGCCUCUCUGCAGAAAGUGUCCUUCUCACGCCUUGUCUGUGACAACACCCACAUCACCAAGGUCCCCAGGAACCCAUUCCGGGCCCACAGCUACCCCCAAGGCUUUGUGGACUGCUCAGCCAUUGAUAAGCUGGACCUCUCACCCUGGGCCUCAGUGGAGAAUUAGAGGCAUGGCCUUCCACAUGGCAUUGUGACUCUCCCCCUUUGGUCCAUGCUGCCAUUUCAAAUAAGUGUGAUGACCCAGUCCCUUAAUGCUUCAGACCUCAGUCGCCCAGUCUUCCUUUCCAGCUAGCCCUCUCUUGCAUUUGCCCAAGGCCAACGGCAGCCACCUCAGUCUUCCAGCUCUUCUGCCUGGCUGCCACCACUUCCAACCUCUAUGGAAAUCUUCCUUUCUGCCAAGAUGCAGGCCAUCAGAGAUGGCCUGAGAUUUUAAUGCUUCCUCUCCCUGAGCUGAAGCUGUAGCCUUUGACCUUUGCUUUUCCCCAAUCCCUUCCAGACUAUUUUGUAAGUUUUCUGAGCCCUGGACUUCUGCCUGUGUCUGAGUGCAGUCUGGGGUGCUAGGCAUGGUAUUCGUGUAGCUUGGUGCUCAAUAAACACCUGG